GAGAAAGACAUGUCUUCAAGGACUUCCAUAUCGCGUGGUGCUCAGCGUGCAAUCCGUGGCCGCCCAAAUAAUGGUGUUAUUGUUGGUAUUGGUACCACUCGGAACUUGGCUUUAGGAGGGCAUACAGCUGGAUUAGAUGGCCAACAAUCACCGAACACCCCUCCGUCAGAUGGAAGUGGAUCAUUUGCUUUGAAUACAAGACCUGAACUUUCAAUGCAACCUAACUUGAUACCACACAGUGUGUCUCUCACACAGUCUUGCGAUUACAUUGUGGUCGGAGAUUUGAAAGUAAAUGAAAAAGUGAAGAAGUCCCUUGAAACUAUUGCUUCACAAUUGUUCACUGGCUGGCCAGCUAAUUACGGAAAUUUGGAUCCCAAGUCUCAUGAGAAAUACUUAUCACUAUUCUCGGAAGAGUAUACAUGGGCCCCGUCAGAUAAAAGUCGAAUGAUAUCCGAAGUUCAUUCACAAUUUGCUAGUCGUUACACGGCACACAUGUCCAAUUUGAGAAAUCAUAUAUAAUCCAAAAUUCCGGAUUUUUUUCCAGAUCAAGACUACACAAGAUUCAUUCCCUUCCGUCCGGAGCUCGUAACCUCUCACACAUGGGCUAAACUGUGUAACUAUUGGAACUCUGAUGAAUGGAAGAAGAAGUCUAAAGUUGCAAGAUGUAACCGUGUUGGCAACCUUUGUGAUGGUGAAGUUCCUGCAAAGACAAAAGGAAGAAAGUCUAAAGCGCGAUUUUAUUCUGAAUUGGAGGAGGAACUUGGCCGAACUCCAACAAUGGAGGAAUUUGGAGUUAAGUGGAAUGCAGUUGACCCUGUAACAGGUCAGCUACCUUCAACACCGCACGCUCGUUACAUGGCUAAUUACAGUCAACAAAUGGAAGAAAAAUAUGGACCGGACCGGUCACAACAUCCAGUGUUUGACUUUGAGAUUUGG